CAGGACAACACAGACGCCUCAAGCAAUCGAUGAGCCCGACAGCUAUCUCCCCGUGGCCCGGAGCUCCAGGCUUAGGUUGAGCCUUUCUCGAUUCGUGAUUGCGUCCGUCCCGGAAAGGGUUGACGUCGAGGAAAGAUGACGGGGCCGGCAUAUACAGAGUUCAACCUGACUUACCCCCCGCUACCGUUCGACGACUCGGGUGUGGCCUUCCUAGACACCACGCAGAGCUAUGACACCUCCAAGAUACCCGGCAUCCUCGCCGGCCUCCUCAUUCCCCACUUUGUCUGCACCGUCUUCGUCGUCGCGCGGGUGUGGUCGCGGCUGUUCCUGCUGCGCAAGUGGUUCCUCGACGACACGCUCAUCGUGGCGGCCUGGGUCUUCUCGACGGCCGUGUGCGCCGUCUACAGCGUCGCCACGCUGACACCCAACAUCCACGACACCGUGGUGCUCAGCUCCGACAUCAUGGGCGGUGGGCCGGCGGACUACCCGGACGACAGCCCGAUCGGGUCGUACAUGCUGCGCACAUACCUGGGCCUCAUCUUCUACCAGCUGUGCCUGUGCCUGACCAAGCUGUCGAUCCUAGCCUUCUACCUGCGCAUGUUCUCGUCGCGGCCGGUGGAGCGCCGCCUCGCCCAGGGGACCGUCGUGCUGGUGCUGUUGUACGGCGCGCCGCUGCUAGUCAUGAGCAUCCUGCAGUGCCACCCGAGCCCGGGCCUCUUCUUCGGGCACCCGGUGGGCAAAUGCUUCUCGUUCGUGCCGCUGCUGAUCGCCUCGGCGUCGCUGCACGCCGCCACCGACGCCUGGCUGGUCAUCAUGGUGGCGCCGUGCAUCGCGCGCCUGGACCUCCCGCCGCGGCAGAAGGCCGCCCUCGCCGCCGUGCUCAGCCUCAGCGUCCUCGUCGUCGCCGCGAGCAUGACCCGCCUGCAGCUCAGCCUGCACUCAAACUACCGGCCCUCGGGCGCCGGCGUCCAGGUCGCCAACACGCUCGCCUUCUUUGUCAUGACCGUCCUCGAGUGCGACGUCGCGCUCAUGUGCGCGUGCGCCCCGACCCUGAGGCCCGUCCUUGCGCGCCUGUGGCCGCGCCUCGGCAUGGACGACCACUCGCAAUACCCGCAAUACCACCACCACCGGAGGAGGCAGCAGCGGCGGCGGCGGCGGUCCGGGCGGAGAGGCGAGACCGCGGACGGGGACGAGGACGGCAGCGUCAACCUCACCGAGGUCAGCUACCACGGCUACCCGUGGACGCAGCCGCACACGACGGGCGGCGCGGCGGGGGGGUUAGGGAUCCGCAGCAAGAACCGCAGCAACUCGGCUCCGGAUUUGGACGCGGGUGUGGACGUGACCGACAUGGCGAUGCCGACGCCGCCGGUGCCGGCGUUUAUGCAGCGGACGCCGACGACGCUGAGCCUGCGCAGCUUCAUGAGCAGCAUCGCGCCGAGGAGCAGGGGGGGUGGCGGCGGCGCGACGGUGUCGGGGGCGAGGGACGCCGGCGAGGACAGAGCGGUGCUGCUGAAGGGGGGGGAGGGCGGCGACGACGACGAGGGUGGUGGCGCUGCGGAGAGGAGGAGCUCGGUCGGGUUCGAGGGGUACCACGACCAGUACCUCGGGUACGGCGAGGAGAGGCGGCGGAGCAGGCCAUUGCGGAAGAGCUUGGUUAUUGGGGCGGGGCCCUGGGGCGAUAGCCAGGAGAGCUUCGUCAUGGGCAUGAAUGACCCCGCCAGCCCGACUAGGAUGAGCCCUGUGUCCGACCUGAGUGGCGCGACGUACCCGGUCUUCUCAUCCGAGACCCGGGAGGUGCGGGAGAUGAGGAACGGGGCCGGCGUGGGUCGGCCAAAUGAGAAGGAAACGGGUACAAACGAUUCCUGAAAACUCCCGGGGCUUCUUUCCCCCCCAUAAUACUGGCUGGGAAACAUCAUUGCUGGGUCUUCUCGAAAGAAUUGUGCGGUCUCUUGGUCGAGCCAGGCGGGAACUCGAGGUACUCGAGGGCAUGCAUAUGGGCGCGAUCAUCCACUAUGUUAAUCUAUACCACGGUGCAUCUC